AUACCAGCCCCGCGGUGGACCCUGGCAGGACAGUGUUACCAGAUAAGGUCACGGAAUCGGGCACUACAACUCGUGUGCCAGAGGUCAACUUGGCCCUCCCAGGAGUGCCAGUUGAGGUCAGCUUUGAGGUUGAAGAUGUGGUUUAUGGGUGGUUCCAUCUUGCGGCUGGUGAUAGGCUUGGCUACUUUCCUCGCCUCUACAUCCCUUGACCUUGAUUCUACUGAGGUCACGGGGUCAUCAUCCUCCACUCCCAGCUAUCCCUCACAUGACCCAAGAGAUGAGAAAGAGAUUGAGACACUGAUGAGGAGUGAGGGAGAUGAGAAAGACGAUGAGAGAGACGAUGAGAGAGAUGAUAGCUUCCCCUUAGAGGCGUCUCUUGGUAAAACAGAAGCGGACCUUACAACAUCUCUUGGACCUUGGGGAACCUCAACACCCAAUAUGGCCUCUGUGUCGGAACUGAUGUCAGGGAGGAAGAAGUGUCCUGACCUCACGCUGAUGUCAUCAGAUGGUAAGCUUGCCCAGGGACGUCAGAUUAUAGUCUGA